GAAAACACCCUGGAUGUAGGAAGCACGAAGCAGAGACAAUUUUACAUGGAUGUUUCCAAAUGCGAUGGGCACAAGAAUGUGGGGACCAUCUCCAGGGGGGCUCCUGGGGUGCUUCAGAUCGCUUGGUAGAACAGGGGAGCCUUGAGUCAGCCCUGAGCACAUGAUCUGGCUGUGGCCGAGGAUUACAAGAGCUGUUUUGAUCAGGGGAAAACGUCUGUUUUUAGCACAGGCAGCAAUUAAAAUAGCUCAUGGAUCUAAACGCCUCGGGGAGCUGUCAUAGAGGGAGGUAGAAAAUCCAUCGCACGGUCUCCUGUGCAGCCAGAGAUGAGCCUGGAGGAAGCAGAGGAGAAGACAGCUUGAGGUUCAGCUGGUGAUAAAGGACAACCUGAGCCGGGCUCUCGAGAUGGCUGAGGAGGAUCUCCGGGGUUUGAGCACCCCUUUCUCACUCUCCUUUUCGGGCAGUGGCUUUCUCGCCCUGUACCAGGUUGGGGUGGUUCAGUCCCUCCUGGAGCUGGCUCCCGAACUCCUCAAAUCCGCUUGCAAGGUCUAUGGAUCAUCCGCCGGCUCGCUCAUCGCCGCGGCCGUGGUGUGCGGCAUCGGCCUCGAUGAUCUAAAGGAAUUUUUCUUUGCCAUGGCAAAGGAGGCCAGGGAAACCAUCCUGGGCCCCCUCUCUCCCAAGUGCAGCUUGCUGGCAAAUAUCAAGGCUGUUCUGCAGAGGAUGCUACCAGAGAACUCCUACCAACUGGCUUCGGGGCGGCUGCACAUCUCCCUCACGCGGGUGGUGGAUGGCCAAAACGUCAUGGCCUCGGAGUUCAGCUCGAAAGAGGAGCUCAUCCAGGCUCUCCUCUGCAGCUGCUUUCUUCCCAUCUACUGUGGCUUCAUCCCUCCAUCGUACCGAGGUGUGCGAUAUGUGGAUGGAGGAUUCACUGGUCUGCAGCCUGUUUCCAGCUUGGAGGAACCUGUGAUCACCGUGUCCCCGUUCACAGGAGAGCUCGAUAUCUGCCCAAGGGAUUGUCCUGCCAUCUUCUUCUGCUUCCAGAUCUUCAAUGGCAGCAUUCAGAUCUCGAUAGAAAACCUCUGCAGGAUUAGCUAUGCUCUCUUUCCACCCAGCACCAUGGUCUUGAACGACAUCUUCUCCCAAGGGUACCAGGACACUGCCCUUUUCCUGUACAGGAACAAUGCCUUUGGCUUUAACUACUGCAAUGGGAAUUUCCACUUUGCCAUCUCAUGCGGGAAGAAUGACUUUGCCCCAUCCAAAAGGACGUGCACUGGCCUGUGCAAAAUGGAAACACAGUGCCCAGCUCCUUGCUUCCUGCCAGGCUUGGGUAUGUGGAGGAAUGAGCAGCUCUCUGGACUUCAGGAUCCACUGUCAAAGGUCCUGUUGCAACCUUACAGGCUGCCGGCUUUCUUCAGGAAUGGGCUGGGGAAGCUGUGGGGGGUGCUGGAUGGUAUCAGCUCCAUGGUAAAGUGGUUCCAGAAGCUCUUCCAAACCGUGGUGCCUGGAUUGCCCAAGAAAGCCACAGCCAAGAGGUGAGGUGCUCAGGGAAUGCAGACCCUCAGCAGGGAGAGCAGGGAAACCCUGGGAGACCUCAGCCAUGGGUCACUGAUGCUGAGUGUGACUAAAGGCUCCAAAUCCUGGCUAUCCCAUAUUAAAAGUAGCUAUUUCCCCCCUCCGUCUGAUAUUAUUUAGUGAUAUCUCAAAGGAACUGUAAACCAGCUUAGUGCUGCUUCCCUACAGCAACGUAUUCCUGCUCCAAAGCAUGUAUCUGCUGGGCUCUGUCCUAGCAGGACAUCAGGCAUGUUCACCAAGAGCCUGAGCCAUGUUUUGGCACUAAACUCUCAAGGAUUUAAGGUAUUUAACUUGCCACACAGAUAACUUUAAACCAUACCCCCCCAAAACCUGCCUGCAAGUUACUUCACAUGCAGCUGGUGAGGAGGCUUGCACAGGAUGAUUUCACCCAGUGACACAACUCCUCAGCUAGGAAAAAGCCCUUUGGUAUCAAACAUCCCUGGGACCACUCGUUCCUGUUGGUUCAUCCACCAGGACUCAACUAACUGCCAGCUUGUUCCCUUAGGCAGCCAGCCUGGAUGGGCCCUGGGGGGCUCUGAUGCUGUGGUUCUGCUGCCCUGGGAAGCGGGGGUGACUCCGGAGCUCAUUCCGCACAGCAGCUUGGAUCGUUACGGAGUUCUGGGGAGUGUGGGGUUCGUUUUCUUUUUCCACUGGGGGAAACUGGCUGAUUCCAUUCCCAACGCUGCUGCCACAGUCCCCCUGCCCAGGCCUGACCUGCUUUAUCAUGAUGGCUGGAGGACAAGCACCGCAGCGCUGCAUCUGCGGCCCAACCACAGCC